UGCCCAACCGAACAUCCAUCCGGAAUCGUUUAUCAUUAUCAUUAUCGUUAUCUCGUUGGGAAUUGGGGGAAGAAAAAUUAUGAUGAUGAUGACGAUGAGUAGUAGUAGUAGUUCAAUAAUGUUAGCAGCAACAGCAACAGCAACGUCAUCUAUCAUUCCUGCUCCUCAUUUUCAUUGUUGGAAAGUAGGAGGAGGAGGUUGGAAUAAGAAACCCCCACAAAACAUCCAUUCAAAAUCAAAGGAAAGAAAUACAAGAUGUUGGGUAACAACCGAAACCACCACCACCAUCCAAUUUGAAGAAGAAGAAGAAUCGACAAAACCAACAGCAGGAGAGGUGUCGAGAACAAUAAUGGAGUUAUCAUCGAUUGGGAGUUUUCAUCAUCAUUCGGAUAAAGAAGAUGUUGCUGUUGCUGUUCGUUUUGCAGUCGAACCUCAAAAGGGCACUCCUAUUCUUUCCUUAUCUUCUCCCUUCUUCUUCUCCCCCGACGAUGAUACCCCCCUCCUUACUCCUACUAAUCUCUCCGCCCUUAACGUCCAGUUGGAUCAAUGUGGGCUUCGCACAACACAAUGCACCAUCCAGGGUUCCCUUCACACUCCUCCCCAUCAUCAAAUCCCCUUCUUCCAGUCCCUAUGGGAAAAAAAGUUUGGAGAAAAAGCACAACCUCAAUUUAUUCACAUUCUUGAUGUUCAACGGGUUCUACAUAUCAAUAACUUCGUGGAUGAUGCUGUCUGGGUUUCUUCUUCAGACUAUCAACUCUCUAACCCCGAUCCUCUCCGAGAUGUCGCUCAACGUCUUGUUCAUGAAAUCAACACUCAUAACAUGGAAGAUCUUCUCCGCUUUUGCAAUAUCUAUGUCCAUUCACAUGUCGAGGUGUCACAUGCAAAGAUGGUGUGGGUUGAUAGGUUAGGGCUUGAUAUACAUCUCUAUUCUCCCCAAAAUGAUGUCUUUGAGGUCCGCAUCCCUUUCCCUAGAGAAGUCACCAAUGAGAAGGGUGCAAGAUCCUCUUUUAAUGGUAUGGCCCAGCUAGCAUGGGAAGUUGAAAAAAAUUAUCAUCCCCUAGAAUUUGAAAAAGUCAAACACUUGAACAAGAUCGCUUCCAAAAUUUAGUGUUUUAUCGGUGAACUUCAUGCUGAUGAAUCUGAUGGUGGGAUGUUUCAUAAUUAAUUCAUCCUGCCUCCUGCAGCAUGAUCUUGACUAUACCAUUUUGAAACAUUGCUGCCUCAAAUUUACAUUUUGGAUAGUUAUACUAAUUCAUUGACAACGUAUAGCUCCUUUGCUUUUCAAUGGAGCAGUAUCCAAGAUAUGAUGGUUAAUGCCUUGUAUUUGUUUACUAUUUCAAUUUGGUCAAAUUUACUAUCUACUUUUUCUUUCAUUAAAAUGCAUGUAGAUUCUAAA